GGCCGAGCCGGACUGAGCGCAGCUAAUCCAAACAGGACUUCACCUGGUUCACCUGAGGCCGAGAGACAUCAACUCACACACAGUUCAAUCAGCAGCAGCCCUGGUAUUGUUGUUUCCCUCAGUUCUCAUCUCUCGCCUGGUGUUGCUGCAUUGCCGUGGUGAUGUUCCGCCGCAGAAAGAAGAAGCGCAGGCCAGAGAUCUCGGCACCACAGGGCUUCCAGCACAGGGUCCACACGUCGUUCGAUGCUGCCACAGGACACUAUGUAGGCCUGCCACUCCAGUGGCAGAGUGUCAUCGACACACUGAGGAGGCCGAGCCCACUGGUGGACCCCUCCAGGAUCACCGAGGUCGAGCUGGAGCCCAGGAAGACAAUUGUUCGUGGCAGUUUCAUUGGUCAUGGCGACUACAUCAGCCAUGUGAUCUCUGAGAUGACCCGUCUGUCCGUCACCAGCUCCAACUCUCUGCGUCGCAGUAGUCCAUCGGCACGGAAACGCGCAAGGUCACUGGGUCGACUGGGAGAAUUGGUGGAGGACAGGAUGUAUCAGUAUGAGGAGCUCAAUCACCACGUAGACGGCAGGAAGAGCAGCGAGAGCUCCACCUACUGGCAGGACCGGAUCCGACAGGUCCGCAGCGAGAGCGGCAGCCCCAAACUGAACAGAGUUUUGCAGAGAGCCAAGUCCAGUGGCCAGGUGGGGUCUGGGGACACGGCCCCCAUACCUGAGACACCUGUGAGGACAGGUGAGAAAAGUGAGACAUGUGCAAGUAGUGAGGGAGCAGGUCUAAGACCGAGGCCAACUUCCUGUCUCUAUUACCGGGAAUCUGUGAGGACCAAUCACAAGCCUCACCUGAGAUUGAAACCAGGUGUUAAUCACCUGCCUGACCUGCUCUCCUCUUCCACAGAAACUCCCAGAAGGCCACAGUCCUCCUACAACCCGAAGCUCACCAUCCCCUCCCACCUGCUGCUGCCACCCCCUAACAGCACCAGCAGUCCCAUCAUUUCAGGUCGAAGUUUACCUCAGCACCCUCACUGCCCCUCCUCCACCAUCAACAUUACUCCAAAAACACAGACCACCCCGAACAACGACUUGCCCCACCCCUCCCCUUCUGGAUCCCCGGUCUACCCAUCCACCCGGCAUGGGCCCUCCUCCACCGAGCUGGUACCUGAUGAAGGUCCUCAGAAGGUUACCCAUGAGCAGUUUAAGGCAGCGCUUCAGAUGGUAGUGGACCCAGGAGACCCAAGGAUCACACUCGAGAACUUUGUGAAGAUUGGGGAAGGGUCCACAGGUGUGGUCUGCAUCGCCCGAGAGAGACACAGUGGGCGACAGGUGGCUGUGAAAAUGAUGGACCUGAGGAAACAACAGCGUCGAGAGCUGCUCUUUAAUGAGGUGGUGAUCAUGAGGGACUACCAGCACCAGAACGUGGUGGAGAUGUACCGCAGUGCUCUGGUGGAGGAGGAGCUCUGGGUAAUCAUGGAGUACCUGCAGGGUGGUGCUCUUACCCACAUUGUCAGUGAGACCAGGCUGAACGAGGAGCAGAUAGCCACGGUGUGUGAAGGCGUCCUGCAGGCACUGUCCUAUCUCCACUCUCAGGGAGUCAUUCAUCGAGACAUCAAGAGCGACUCCAUCCUGCUAACACUGGAUGGGAGGAUCAAACUGUCAGACUUUGGCUUCUGUGCUCAGAUCAGUAAAGAUGUCCCAAAGAGGAAGUCUCUAGUUGGGACACCGUACUGGAUGGCCCCUGAAGUGAUCUCCAAAAUGCCAUAUGGGACUGAGGUGGACAUCUGGUCUCUGGGUAUCAUGGUGAUAGAAAUGGUGGAUGGAGAGCCACCGUAUUUCAAUGACACACCCAUCACCGCCAUGAAGAAGCUGAGAGAUGAAGCAGCACCGGGCGUGAAGAACAUCCACCGGGUAUCUCCGGUGUUGAACGACUUCCUGGGCUGCAUGUUGACUCGUGACACACUGCAGCGCAGCAGCGCCGCCGACCUACUGAGGCACCUGUUCCUGCUGCAGGCUGGAUCCCCAUGCUGCCUGGUGCCACUGGUGGAGCAGUACCGCAAACGCUUGUCACUCUGCUGAAUACCUGACG